AUGCUCACCAUUGCCAAAAGUGUUUCAGUCUCUACAGACCGCCUUUUAAUCUACAAUGGACUCCCUCUGAGCUUCUAUGACACAUUGAUAGCAGGAGAAAAGAUCUGCCUCGAUAAUGCAUCCAAAUGCGUGAUCCGCCAGGUUUCCAGUUCUGAUACAUGCGGAUCUCUUACCAAAUUGGCUGGUGCUACGAUUGACGACCUGAUGCUUCAAUCUUGGAACCCCACGAUCGGAAGAUCAUGCGCUAAUAUCAAGACUAUGGUUGGAAAAUACAUAUGUAUUGGUCCCCCAGGCCAGGACGGUCAAUUCACUCCAGUGGCACCGUCUACUACCCCUCCGCCAGUCACAACACCAACAGACAAAUACACAUGGGGCCCUGCGCCCGACACUAUCACGAAAACGGUCAACAUCACCACGACCUGGCUAUUUCCGACAGAUGACAGCCUCAUCCCCACCCACACUGCCACUCUCCCUUCAAAUGAGGACACCGAAGCAAUGAGAGAGCGUUCAAAAUUCUGCCCUUUCACAGAUGAGUACAACUCUACUAAAUGGGACGCCGGGCUUGGCGAUGAGGAGUAUCACUUGCAUUCAUGGGAUCUUGAUGAUGAGUGUAUUGAGGAGCACUGGGACCCAUCAAGUAUAUAG